AAAUAAUAAUUUUUAAUAAUAAUUUCCAGAUUUAUGAAAAACAGCAUAAGUAUGCUAUUCCACUUCCAAGAGGAAGAAAUAUAAAUGGAAAUACUCAUACAGAUUUGACAUAUUCACAAUUGAUGCAUUAUGUUGCAGAAACUAAUUAUCGAAAUUUAUGGAAAGAAUGUUAUAAAAAAUAUUACAGUCCAUGGAAUUGUGUAGAACAUAAAGAUCAAUACAAUAUAAUUGCUAAUGUAAGUGAUAUUUGGAUUAUGCAAGAAGUAUUACAAAAAAUGUAUGGUUGCACUCUAAUACAAAUACAAAAUGGGUUAGUGAUAUCUGUAUUGCCUGGUAUAUCAACUGAAGUACAUUGCAAUCUCCUUCCAAUAUUAUUUGCUAUUGAAACUACAUCUGCUUUUUUAACAUUACAUGAACAAACAGCGCAAUAUUCUUUACGCGAAUGUGUAAUGUACAGUCCUGCUGCUUUAAGUAUGAGUCAUGGAAAACCAUUGUUUUUAAUAUAUCAAUUAUUGCAAUUAUCUAGAGACUUGCAUGAUAAAGGUUUAGUAUUAGGUGAAAUUACUCUUAGUGAUAUAUUAAUUAUGGAUAAUUUUACUAUUCAGGUGUUACCAAAAGUAAAUGACAAUAUAUACAUAAAGUCUGAAAAUGAAUAUUCCAAAAUUUCUAUUAAUAAUCAAGAAAUAAGAGCCAAAAAUUUUAAUGGAUGUAAAAGAAAUUUUGAUACAAUUUUAUCAAAUUUAACAUUACAAGGAAAUUCUAAUUUUGGAAUGAAUGAAAAUAUUGAAAAAUUAUGUGAAAUGUGGGUGUAUAAUUGUAUUAGUAAUUAUGAUUAUUUAACUGCGUUAAAUAAUUUGGCUGGCAGAAGAUAUGGUGAUCCAAGUUGUCAUCAUGUGAUGCCUUGGGUCACAGAUUUUACAUCAAGAUGUGGUGGUAAUUGGAGAGACUUGACAAAAUCAAAAUUUCGGUUAAACAAAGGUGAUAGACAAUUGGAUUUAACAUUUGAUUCACAAUCAACUGAAGUAGGACAUCAUGUGUCGGAUGUAUUAUCAGAAAUUACAUAUUAUGUCUAUCUUUCCCGUCGCUAUAAUAAAUCCGUCCUUUGUAAAUAUGUGCGACCACAAUGGGUACCAGGAGAAUAUCCUGCUUCUAUACAGAGAUUACAUGAUUGGAGUCCAGAUGAAUGUAUACCACAAUUUUUUACUGAUCCUAGAGUUUUUAAGUCUAUUCAUGAAGAUUUACCAGAUUUAGAAAUUCCAGGAUGGGCUACAUCACCGGAAGAUUUUAUUGAAAGACAUAGAGAAGCUUUAGAAAGUUUUUAUGUUUCUGAAAGAUUACAUCAUUGGAUAGAUUUAACUUUUGGUUACAAAUUAUCUGGUUCAGCUGCGGUAAAAUCGAAAAAUGUUUGUUUACAACUUGUUGAUAAUCACACAAGUUUAACCAAUUCUGGUAUUGUUCAACUUUUUACACAACCACAUCCACAAAAAAUUAUUCCUUCCCCUUAUUGGUGUAAGAUUCCACCACGAUUACGCUCAUCUUUUUUAAUUAAUAAGUAUAGAAAUGAUCAAUCUGGAAAUAGAACUAGUGAUGAUGAAGGUCAUAGUUCUGGAUUUGAAGAAGAAGAAUUAUCAACAUCAAUUAUAAAUACAUCAAAAUCAUCUCCUUUAGUUUUAAGUCGAUUAUUAAGUCGUUCUCGAGGUUCUUUACUUACUACCGAAGACAAAGAUGCUAAACAAGAUAAAUCUAUAAAUCAGACAAUAAUUCUUCCAAAAGAUUAUAAUCCUGUUACAGCUAUCAUGCAUGUUGAAACAAUGCAUACAUUCAUAAAUAAAAUGAGUUCUCAAGUUUAUAAACCACAAAUUGAAUUACACGAGUCAUUCACAAAUUAUAAACAAAUUGUGGCUAGUGGACGUAUUAAAGAACAACAAAUUCUCGGUUGUUUAAUUGUGGAAAUAUUUUUGUCUAAUAAAUUUCGAGCAACAUGGAAUAUUGAGAAGGUUUCAUUUGCAAAAAGACUUGCAACGUGUUUAAAUAUUUUGAAGAUAUCAGCUGAUAGUUUGCCUAAAUGUGUAAGAAAUGCUGUUGCUUUAUUACUUCAAGUUGAUAUUAUACCAAAUAGUUAUGAUAUUGACAACAUAGAAGUAACUGAUAUGCCUUUUCGUUAUCCAACAAUUACACAUAUGGGUUUACCUCCACCAUCUGCACAUCAGUUUCUGCAACCAAUACUUUCUGGAAGUUUGUUCCCAUUUUCCAAAUAUUACAAAUAUCUAUUUAAUAUAGUAGAAAUGUUACAAGAAUAUAAUAGUUUAAUUCGUGAAUUAAAUUUUAUUAUAAAAUCUGAAGAUGAUAUAGAUUUUAUGUUCAAAACAAAAACAAAAUUCCUUUGUAAAAUUAGUGAAUGCAAAGUUAAAGCAAUUGCAAGGGAAUUAGAACAUUUAUUAAUUCAUACUGGAAUUGCAAGGGAAGCAUGUUUGGAAUUGAUUGUGCCUCAUAUACAACAAAUAAUGGAAGAACCAUAUAGUGCAGUUUUGGCUGCAUGGCAUUUAUUUGAUCCUAUUGCCAAGGCAUUGGGUCCUAGAGAUACUGCAGAAACAUUCCUUUUGUCCAUUAUGAAACUAUAUGAAAAUGGUUCUUUUAUGGAUAAUUUCAUGCAUGCUGAUGUACUUUCUUCAGGAUUAAUAGCAAAAUUUAAAACCACGCGUUUAUAUCAUAGAAAUUUCUUAUUAAAACUUAUGGUAAGAUUGGGUCUACGACGUUUUUUGGAAAAUUUUAUUGCACCUCUCGUAGAAGCAGUUGGAGGAUAUAGAGAUUAUAUACAAGGAUCUUUAUCAUAUACUCAUAAAAGUGGCAAUCUUAAAAGUUGUGAUUUAAGUGGAAUGUAUAAUGAAGGAGAAGGAAUUUUAUCUCCCUUGGAUGAAGAUUUUUCUGCAGGCUCAGAACAUAAUAUUUCUUUAUCACCUGGACCUGUAACUAAUGAUUAUGCACGUGAUAUGAAUUCAACUGAUAAUGAUAUUGAUGAAGUGUUCACAAUGGAAACAGAAGAAAGUUCUUGGAUAUCUUUAAAUUCUGGUGUAGCAUGUGAUAUUGAUUUAAACAUUGAUUUAAGUUUAAAUCUUAAUGAUGAUUUAAAUGAAGAGGGAAGUAAAAUUUCACCAUUAAAGUCAGUUAAAUCACCAAUAAUUCCUAUACCUAAGACAUCCAAUUCUUCUAAUAAAUCCUUAACAGAAUUUGGCAAUAUUGGUUGUUUUGUUGGAAGUAAAAAUUCUAAUGAUGAUUUCACUUAUGGAGGAUUUAGCCAAUCUACUAAUACAUCUGAAGAAAUAUGUACUAUAGGAAUUGAAGAGCAAAGUUCUAUAAUAUUAUUAACAGAUAAUAAUAAAUCUAGCACUGUAGCGCAUGAAGAUAUUCAAUUAAAUCAUGUUUAUCAAAAAUCUAUAUCAAAUGAAUGUACAACUUCAGAAAUGAGUGCAGAAUCUAUCAUCUGGUUGUCUCAUCGACUUGGUCCUGUACUUACUGCUAAAUAUUUAUCUCGGAAUUUAUUGAGAAUGCUCACAUUAUGUUAUACUGGAAAAGAAAACUUAACAAUAACUAAUGAUACUCUUUUGACUAUUGAAAGUACUUCUUGGAAUAAGAAAGUUUUACUUGGUGAUCGCAAUGCUAACAAAGUUUUAGAGUGUCUUGCAGCUAUUGCAGGUUUGUAUGGAGAACAGAUUAUAGUAUUACAAUAUUUUGCGCACAUGGUUGAACUUUUAGCGCUUUGUAAAAGAAAAUUAACGCAAAAUUUGGAAGGAGGACUUAUUUCAUGUUUAACUCUUUUAAAUUAUAUUACACCAUAUCUCAGUGAUGCCAUACUAAUGGAUGUACUUCAUGAACCAAUUGUCAAAGCAAUAUUAUAUCCUACAGUUCGUAUAUUAUCGUCAACAAGAUUUACUUUUCCUAAUGGAAUACUUGCACGUUCUAUAAUGGCGGAAAAAUGUUUAGAAACUCUAUUUACGUUUAGCUUACGAUUAGGUGAUGUUAUUACAAAAAAUCAUCUAGCUGUACCUAUUCAACGAUUUUUCUUAGCAUUUGAUAAAUCAUUUAAUCAAGAUGUUAUAAAAAAUAUUAAAGAUGAAAUUAGCCAAAAAACAAUAAGUGAACACUUUACAAGGGUAAAAGUUUCAAAUGAAGAUAAUAGAGAUAAUAGAGUUGGACUUCAAACAAAUUUUAAUACAGAUGUUGCUGAUUCUUAUUCUCCACCAGUCGUAGAAAAUAUAGAUACAUCUGAUUCUCAGAAAAAUAAGGCACUUGAAGAAUUAAAAGCUGUAUUUACAACAGAAUUUGCUCAUAAAACAUAUAUGCUUUUUUAUAAAUGCAUUGACGAUGAAAUAAUGAAACAUAUAUUAAAAAAUCAUGAACAUAUGCAUGAUUUGUGUCGUAAAUAUGAAAAAGAAAUAAAAAUUUCCAAUACUGAUGAUAUAAUAUUGGAUACAUCAUAUAAUGGUUAUAAUAUAGCAGAAAAUAUAGAAUUAACAAAUAAAGAUACAGCUAAUUUUGAAAAUAUAUCAAUUGUGGGAAAUAGAUUUGCAGUACAAAAAAAUGAUAUUGGAGAUUACAUUACUUCAGAAAAUGUUAUGUCUAAUCGUGAAGCAAGUUGUUCUUUGUCAACUGGAAGACAAUUACGUGGAAAUUGGUUGGCAUAUUGGGAACAUGAAAUUGGAAGAUCGGAAAAAGAUAUAACAUUUAAUAUAAAACAAAUAAAACUUCAAACUUUUAGUGGUCAUACUAAUAGUGUUAGGUGCCUAUAUGUAUUAGAUAAUGAAAAUAGUUUCAUGAGUGGAGGAAGAGAUAAGACUGUAAAAUUAUGGAGUUUAAGAAGUCAGGGGGAUGGAAAUACUGUAUCGUCUUGCCAGUAUACUUAUACUGGACAUAAAAAAUCGAUUCUUGCACUUACAUUCUUAGAAUCCUUAAGAUAUGUAAUCACUUGUGAUGGUACAAUUCAUUGUUGGGAUCCUUUUAUGGGUUCCCUUCUUGGAUGUCCAGAAAGUUCACGUCCAGUUCCUGUAAAUACACUGGCUGCAAGUCCUUCUCCAUGUACAACUUUGCUUGUGGGUACAACUGAUAUUACAUUGAGAGUUAUUGAUUGUAGAACAUUUCAAUAUGUAAAUGAAAUGAAAGUAUCUAUAAAUCCAACAGGUUUAAUUCGAUGCAUUGCAGUAGCACCUAGUGGUUAUUGGGUAGCAUUGGGUCAAGCAUCAGGUUUUCUAACAAUUUUAGAUAUUCGUACAGGUCUUAUUAUUGCAUCUUGGAAAGGUCAUGAAUGUGAAAUAUUACAAUUAGAGGCAAUUAAUGAAACAACAUUAAUUAGUUCUUCACUAGAUGAAACUAUUGCUGUAUGGAGUGCAUUAGAUGGGAAAUUGAAAUUUCAUAUGAAGGGUUCUACAGAGCCAGUUCAUUGCAUGACUACGUACGAACAAGAAUUAAUAAUAGGAACAACAGCAAAUCGGGUAGGAGUUUACACAUCUAUAGAAACAACAGCUUCGUUUUCAUCAUCAAAAUUAAAAUCCGAUACUUUUAAAGGUCUUCUUACUACAAUGGCAGUUCUUCCCCUUAAUAGAUUAUUAUUAUUAGGUGCUGAUAAUGGCGGAAUAACAUUGAUUUGUUAAAUAUUAUAAAUACAU